AUGCUAUGCAUUGGGUCUGCAGUUUCUGAAGCUCGUAUGGUGAAACAAGUGUUGCACGAUCCAUAUACUGACUGUACAACUGGUGCCCUAAUUCAUCUGGGUGUACUUCAAUUGCAAAUGUACUUUGUUAUGCCAAAUGUGGAAAUCAAAGAAUCUGUUAGAGGAGAAGAUGUGUAUAUCAUACAGAGUGGCUGCGGUGAAGUGAAUGAUAAUUUAAUGGAGCUUAUGAUCAUGAUUAAUGCUUGUAAAAUUGCAUCUGCUUCAAGGGUUACAGCGGUAAUUCCACUCUUUCCCUAUUCAAGGCAAGAUAAAAAAGAUAAGAGUCGUGCACCUAUAUCAGCCAAAUUAGUAGCUAAUAUGCUGUCAGUAGCAGGAGCAGACCAUAUCAUUACUAUGGAUUUACAUGCAUCUCAAAUACAGGGUUUCUUUGACAUUCCUGUUGAUAAUCUGUAUGCUGAGCCAGCUGUUAUAAAGUGGAUCAAAGAAAAUAUUUCAGAAUGGAGAAAUAGCAUUAUAGUAUCUCCUGAUGCUGGUGGUGCCAAAAGAGUAACUGCUUUGGCCGACCAUUUAAAUGUAGAAUUUGCUUUAAUUCAUAAAGAAAGGAAAAAAGCUAAUGAAGUUUCAUCAAUGGUAUUAGUGGGUGAUGUCAGAGAUCGUAUUGCAAUUCUUGUUGAUGAUAUGGCUGACACAUGUGGUACAAUAUGUCAUGCUGCUGACAGAUUGUUAGAAGCUGGUGCACAGAAAGUAUAUGCAAUAUUGACUCAUGGCAUUUUUUCUGGUUCUGCUAUUUCAAGGAUAAAUAAUGCAAUGUUUGAUGCAGUGGUGGUUACUAACAGUAUACCCCAAGACUGCCAUAUGAAUGAAUGUUCAAAAAUUCAGUGCAUUGAUAUUUCAAUGAUAUUAGCAGAAGCCAUUCGCCGAACUCACAAUGGUGAAUCUAUAUCAUACCUCUUUAGUCAUGUUCCUAUGUAGUUUCCAAAUGCCAACUUUAUUAGAAGUGCCAGUUAUCUCAGAAAAUGUGAUAUGUGAAUAUCAAAAUGGAGUUAAAGAAUAUCUGAAAUCUCAUUUACUUUUUCAUUUUAUUUUUGAGAAACCAUAAUUUCUUUCAUAAUAAAUAUUUCUACUAGUAAAUUUCAUCUUGCCAAAGGGAAGAGACAUGACACGUCUUGGAUGUACACUACAAAGAUUGUUUAUAUACAUAUCCUCUCAAGAUAAAUAAGUAUAAUCUAGUCCUCUGAAAAAUUAAAUGUAUGAAUAAUGUUUGUUUCAUAUUUUGUACAGGUCAUGUAUUAUGAUUUUUUUUAGAAAAUAUUAAAUCAUGAAUAUUUUUAAUAAUAAAAUGAGAAAAGGUAUCUUUGUCACUUUCGGUGUCCCAGGAUGACUGUUUUUAAUUGUGUGAUUUUGUAAUCUCUAUACUAUUCUUAAAUUCUAGAUGGAAAUAGUAUAGAAUAUGAUGGAUUGUUAUUUGUAACAAAAAGUUAAAAAGAUUAUCCAAUGGUCUGUAAAACUGUAAAUUUGCACAAAGGUUGUCAUAUAAUUUAUUAUUUGGAAUCUCAGUCAUUAAUUUCAUCCAACUUUAUAUAACACUCAUUUUCCAUCACUGCCAUUCCUCAAUGUAAAUUAAAAUACUAAUCUUAGUAGUUGUAUAAAGUUUUGCAAUUACUUUAAAAUUUAUAGAAUUUUAAAAGAUCUGAUAUUUUUCAGACUGAUUAUUAACACCAAAAGAUGGAAAGGAACUUUUUAAAAGAGAAGUCAAUAUUUAAUUAUCACUUUAUGAAUAAUAUAGAUUGUUAAUGCAACAUCUAAAUUAUCAGAGGAAUUUUCUUGCAUCCUAUACUGUUGCAAGAUACAUUUAGCUAUGGAACAGUAUUUUAGCAAACAGUUUUUAAACUUAUUACAGAAAUAUUUGAUAUUUUUAAUUCUGAAUAAAUAUAAACAUGAAGUAAGGGUUAACCUGACAGUAAUUAUUAAAAUCUUCCGUUGUCAUUUUCCUGUUAUGCAGGUUAUCUUACAGGAGCAAUAAUUGAAAAUAGAACCUGUUUUUCUUGCAUUUGCUUUUAUAAAUGUUACACUUUUUUGGCAUCAUUAUAUUAGUUAGAGAAUAAUAAUAAUUAUUUUUCUUAAAUGGAAGAUGUGUACUAUAUUUCCAAACAAAAUACUUGCCCUUUCCAUACAUAUAAAAUUGAAGUCACUAUAAAUUUUUGUUAAAACCAUCUUUUUUUUUUUUACUUAUUUAACCUUCUGAAUUGCAGAAUAUCAAAAUAUUUAACAUCUUCAAAAUUUGACAUAAACUGUUUUCUAAGUUUGAUACAUUAAGUAAUGAAACUUUAUCAAACUGUGGUGGUUUCAUUUUAACUGAAAUGUGGUAUAAGAAAAAUUCAAACACAAAACAGUAUUACUUAAUUAUGUAGAAAAUUAUAGCAGUAAAAUUAUCUAUUUUAACAAAAUUCAAUCACUUUUCACAAAUUACUUCUGUGAUGUUAAUUAAAGAACACUGGAUAUUUCCAUGAAAAAAUUCUGCAACUUGUUUUAUGUCCCAUUAGCUAGAAAUCUUUCAGGUGAGCUGAUUGUAUUUUGUGUUAUUAUAUUUGCAUCCUUGAAUAUGAGCUACGCUAAUUCAGUGACAACUCGAAUAAAACUAUGUAGAUAUAUUAAUUACAACAUAAAUAUAUAUAUAUUUAUAGGCUGAUGUCUUUCAUCCUAUUUAACUCGACUGAAAAAAAGCUUUCAAUUACAAAACAUUUUCAAGAAAAAUUUUAUGUCGUAUUAACAAAAAUAUAUAUUGUUCAAUUAUUUUCUGUAAUGCUGUAUACAUAUAAAAGUGCUGUAUUAAUUCAUCAUGAAUACAGUAGAAAAGUUUUAUAAUACUCUUAUAUAUUUAUGCCUGCAAUUUUCAGAUAAUACUGUUUAAAUCUAUUUUAUAUUUUGUUGUCAGAAUUUCAAUUUAAAUUAAAUAAACAUAAAUAUAUUUUGUAUGUUAUAAAAAUAUAACUGAUAUUUUAAACAACUUUCAUGUACAUUUUUAUAAGAUAUUGCAUUUAUAUUACCAUUCAUUUUACUUAUCUUAGUCAAGAACAAAAAUUGUAUGUAAAAUUUUAGCAAAAAUUUUAUACACAAGUGAACCAUUAAAGAAAUGGUUUAAAAAAUGUUAGAGUUAAAAAAUAUAAAUUUUAAAGCAGCAUUUGGAGAAAGCAUACUGAAAUUUUUUUCAACACUAAAAUAGAACAGCAAUAUUUUAAACAUUUUGGUACUUCCAUUUCAGAUGAUGAUGAGGAGAAAUAGUUUAUUAUACAUAUUGUCCUAUUAUAAAUAAUGAAAUUCUAUUUGAAUAAAAAAUAUUUUUCAUUUGUUUUGAA